GCUAUUGGAGGGGGAGGGAUUUCCUGCAAUCUAGACUCCUGAAGGGGGAGUCUCCAUCAUGAGUGGUGCGCUACUAACACUGUUGCCCCAUCUGUAUCCUGGAUGUGCAGGCAGCCUCUUUGCCAGGCAUUCUGGGAAAGAUCCCCUUGGCAUUAGCCAAAAAGCUCCCAGACUUCCUCCUGGCAACUCAGUGGCAAUCCAAAAUCCAAAUAGACAAAGGGAGGAGGCUGCAGAUUCAAUAUUUGCAGAGGGAGGAAGUGCCUCACCUCUUGGCCAAUUUCAUAAGUUCAGCAUGAUGAGAAGCCCAGCUCUCUUCCUUGGGAGCACCUGUCUUCCUCUGCUUCGCUAUUUCACUUUCACUUCCCAAUUGUCAAACGCCCAAGACUGAUCUGAAACCAAGCUUGCACUCUGAAUUAUUAGACCACCUGUGUGGAAGGGAUAAAACAAUUUUUUUCUCAGUAAUGAAAACAUACAAGCAGAUUGGUAGGUAAAAUCUAACUGCAGGCAGCCAUGGGGCUCCAGGAGGCAGCAGGCCAAGGGAAAAUGUCCCUUAGGUAUCCUGACCAAAUCCAAAUGAUUUGUCACUGUUCUUGUCAUGGAGAAGGAAGAAAGAUUGUUAGAGUGUGUUCAUGCUUAGGGACAAAUGUGGAAGCGUUUAUAGACUCUUAUAGGCAGCCUGAAGGCAACUGACGGGCAUCUGGGGCUAACCUCCGAGGAGGCAGCAGUGGGAGUCUGCUGAAAGUACAUGACUCCCUUUUUCCACUGAGAGGAACUCCGAAGGCGAGCAUCUCUCUAGUAUUAUCUGAUUACCAGGGAGGGCUGGAUACCACCUGCAGCAGAAUCUCCUGGAAUGAGUGCUGGGUCCCAGAGAAACUUUGACCUUCCACUUCCAUUUAGGCGGCUUCUCAGCCCUUUCUGUUGCCAUCACCUCCAUGCAGUUCCAUACCACAUCAUCCAUAGCCCAAAUGGCAAAGUUCCAAAGAGGCUUUUGAUCUUUUGAUACCUAUAGUGCACCAGUCACCUGCCAACAUAGUUGUGCUACCUGUGGACAAGAUGUGGAGCAGCGUUCCGGUACCGUGUCCUUUUGAGCCUCUUAUUGGGCCCCACACACUUGGUAGGCUCCUCUGAGACCCUGGAUUCAAAACUUUUCUUCCUUUCUUCCCAUCCUCCCCUUCAGGCUGUUACUGAAGAUCACUCGCUAUGUCUGACAGGGACUACGAUUACCUUAUCAAGUUCCUAGCCCUUGGUGAUUCUGGGGUUGGAAAGACCAGUUUCCUUUACCAGUACACAGAUGGGAAAUUCAAUUCCAAAUUCAUCACAACUGUAGGCAUUGAUUUUCGGGAAAAAAGGCUGGUGUACCGACCCAACAGACCAGAUGGGGUCAGCGGCCGAGGACAGAGAAUACAUCUUCAGUUGUGGGACACAGCAGGGCAGGAAAGGUUUCGUAGCUUGACAACCGCCUUCUUCAGAGAUGCCAUGGGCUUUCUCCUGCUCUUUGAUCUAACCAGCGAGCAAAGUUUCCUCAAUGUCCGGAACUGGAUGAGCCAGCUGCAGACCCACGCCUACUGCGAGAGCCCCGACGUGGUGCUGUGUGGAAACAAGAGCGACCUGGAGGCCCAGCGCGUGGUGAAGGAAGACGAGGCCAAGCGGCUGGCAGGCAAAUACGGGGCUCCCUACUUCGAGACCAGCGCCGCCAACGGCGCCAACGUGGGCCCGGCCGUGGAGUCGCUGCUGGGGCUGCUCAUGAAGCGCAUGGAGCGAUGCGUGGACGGGCCCCACGCCUGCAUCCCCAACGGCCCCGCCGAGACGCCCCCGCAGCCCGCUGGUGGCUGCGGCUGCUGAAGGCUCCACCGCGGCCCACCCGCGUCCGGCAGACGCGCAAUAAACCAGUCCGUGGCCA